AUGCAGCAGCGGGAGGCCCGCCUGAAGAGGGAGCUGGCCAUAGCCAGCGCGCCGCCAGCUGGCGUGUCGUGCUCAGCUGACGGCGAUGACGUCCACCGGCUUGCGGGCCACGCUGACGGGCCCCGAGGUUCUCCGUUCGAGCGCGGCACGUUUGCGCUGGACGUGGUCGUGCCGGAGAGGUACCCGUUCGAGCCGCCGCAGAUCACGUUCGCGACGCCCGUGUACCACCCGAACGUGGCCCCGUCGGGCCGGAUCUGCCUGGACGCGCUGAAGAUGCCGCCGACGGGCGGCUGGCGGCCCAGCCUGCGGCUGGCCACGCUGCUCAUGUCCAUCCGGCUGCUGCUGGCCGAGCCGAACCCGGACGACCCGCUCAUGCCGACGUGGUGA